CUAGUAUUUCAAAUACACUACAUUUGAAAUACACCUAUCCAAACGCAGCCGUAGAAGUUUCGUUAGCGGUAGGUGUGAGUAAGUUGCGAAUCUAUGCUCUGCUUGGUUAGGGUUAGGGGGGCGUCAUCGUCAUCAUUUGAGUACAACUGGGAAUGCACUAGGUAGCUAGCUAGCUAGGGUUUUAAUUUAGAAAAUGAAAAGGGAAAGGAAGUUGGUUGAUGAUGACCGUAUGCAGCCAUGCCGUAAUUGUAUGCAUGCGACGUCCACCGGACAGUACAGAUGGAAGUGCACUACCAUCUCGUACUCUAGCUAAUCAUCAAUGUAUAUAUGACCCACGUACAAAAAACACCAACCCAUUUUCGUACCCUUUGUUAUCAUAUUAAAUUUGCAAGAAAAAUUUUAUUCUUUGUAAUGAUUAGUGAAUUUUAGUGAUACAUAUGGAAAUUUGGGUUUCAUUUCUAACAGUCACAUAGAGACUGAAGACUGCAUGAAGACUGAAGAGAGGAUAAUAUUGGGAUAUUUGAGAGUUUGUAGAUUCAAUGGUAUUAGGGAUCGAAUUUGAUGUUACAUACUAUAAUAUAGGGGAAAAGUUAUUGGUGGUCAUUGCUUUAAGAGUAGAUCUAGCCAGGGAAAUUCUUAAAUACUGGGAAUUUUUUAUAUAUCUGCACCAUAUUAGACGGUGUAAGAGUUUGAACUUGAGACUCGUGUAUUAUCAGAGUAAGUUGUAUAUGUGUUAAAAAUAACCUAGAGGAUAAAAUCCUCUGGAUUCGUAAUCCCUAUGGCUCUUCUCUUCUAGUUUAUACAAGUUCAACAUGUUAAGUAAAAACACUAAGUUUGUGCUAGAAGUGGCCUUCAAUUCUUGCUUCUAUUAUUCAGAUAACAAAGGAAGCAAAGGAUUGUGUUCAAGAGGACAAAAUAUUUUCUAUGCUAAGUAUUUCUCGAAGUUUACUGGCAUGCCAGACUAUCCAUUCAUACAAUUGCUCGAGUUCAUUCCAGUUCACUUGACUUAUCUAAAUUUCUAUGGAUUUAUUAGAUUUAGUUUGCUAUCAAUGUACUUCAACAAUGAGGAACCAAAUGGAUUAAUGAUGACUUGACUAACUAAUCAUGAUUUCUCGUCUCAACUGAUUAACCGGUUCCAGUGUUUGGUGAUCUAAGAAGCCAAAGAGACUAUUUCUAGAUGCCUCUAUAAUUUACGACAUAUUUAUUUACGUACCACUGUAUACCUAUUUUUACCCUUAUUAUUGAUCAUUCUUGGGCAUUUAUCUUGAAAACACUAUCUUCUUAUUCUAUUUAAUGCUAAGUUUUGUUCUUUCGACAUAUUUCAGCUGCUAGCACGUGGUGAAGGCUUAGGAGCGAGUUUCUCAGUCAUGUGACUGUAGGGCGGACUAUGGCUCGAGAAGAAGUAUUGAACUAAUGAGUGAAUUCAAUAAUUUGAUCAAUACUUAGGCUCUCAUGGAUCUGCCUCUGGGCGGAAGCAAUUUCACAUGGAGUAAAGGUGGUAACAGUGCGACUAUGUUGCGAAUUGAUCGUGCUCUUAUAAGCACGGAGUUUGACUCGCUUUUCCCCGAUUGCACUCUCUCUGCCCUUGAGAGGGUUGAUUCGGAUCAUAAUCCGCUUUGGAUUAAGUGGGGCGAUGAUAAGAGGAUUAGGAGGCCAUGGCGAUUCGAGAACAUGUGGUUAAAGGAUGAAAGUUUCUUUGCCAGCCUGGACUCUUGGCUGUUUGAUCUGGUUGCUGGGUCUGGGUGUAUUUUUUUACUGUAUAGGAUGCUUCAGCAGAUUAAAAAGAGAAUUAAGGUCUGGAACAAAGAAAUAUUCAGGAAUGUCAAUGACAAGGUUGAUGAUCUUUUGAGGCGUAUCAAGGCUGUUCAUUUGAUAGAAGAAAUAGCCAACUUACUGAUUCCGAGAGAACUUAGAGGGGAACUUCAGAAUGCUCUUAAUUUGCAGGAAAUUAGAUGGAGACAAAAAUCCAAUGAGUUGUGGCUGAAGGGUGGAGAUCUCAACACCAAGUUUUUCCAUAGAGUUGCGAACUACAGGCGCAAACUCAAUCUCAUUGAGUGUAUUAGAGUUUAUGGCAGGUUGCUGGAGGGGAGGGAGGAGCUUGCUGCUGGUGUGGUAGGUUUCUACCAGAACUUGUUCAAGGAGAGCUUAGUUUACAUACCGUUCCCCAAGAAUUAUGGCCAACAGAAGCUAUGCAACACUUUGGCGUCUGAUUUGGUUAGGCCUUUUAAUGAAGCAGAGGAGUGGGCCGCCCUGGAAUCCUUUGAUGGUGGGAAAUCUCCCCGGCCUGAUGGUUUCACCUAUGAAUUCUUCAAGAAAUGCUGGUUCCAGCUGCGUUCGGAGGUGAUGCAGGCUUUUGAAGAGCUUCACAGGACAUGUACCCUCCCUAAAAGCGUCGCACAUUCUUUCAUCUGCCUGGUUCAAAAGAAGGAUGCAGUUGAAGAUGUAAAAGAUCUGAGACCCAUUAGCCUUAUGAGGAGCUUUAAUAAGCUCUUGAGCAAAGUGUUGAUAGUGAGAAUGAGCCCUUUCAUUUCUUUCCUUGUUUCUGACCACCAACAUGCCUCUGUCCGAGGAAGGCAAAUUUCGGAGGUAGGCUUGAUUGCUAAUGAACUCAUCGAUAGCAGGCGUAAGAGCAAAAAGCCUGGUCUUAUGUUCAAGUUGUAUCUGGGAAAGGUCUUCGACAAUGUGAGCAUGGAUUGCUUGUUUAAGAUUCUUUCGAGCUUCGGUUUUCCUCUCAAGUAGAAGCUGUGGAUUGGGGGGGUCAUGUGUUCGCCAGCUAUUUCCAUUCUCGUCAAUGGCGAGUCUCAUGGCUUCUUUUCUAGUUCAAAGGGUCUUAGGCAAGGCGAUCCCCUCUUCCCUGGCCUCUUUGUUAUGGUUAUGGAUGUGGUUUCUUUUAUGUUGGGAGCCCAGAUGCAUCUUAAUACCUCGGGUUCCCGCUCGGGGUGCGACCGAACUCUGUUUCAAUUUGGGACUCGAUUGGGAACGACGUGCAGCAUCAGCUUGAAUGUUGGAAGGGCAAAAUGUUUUCUUUUGGGGGACGCCUUACUCUUAACAGCAGUUGUCUUAAUAGCCAGAUUGUUUACUAUUGUUCUCUAUUCCUUGCUCCUAGGAUGGUCACCAAGAGGAUUGAAAGGCUGCAUAAAAUGUUCAUCUAGAGUGGUACCAGUGAGAAGAAGAAAUUUCAUUUGGUUGGAUGGGAUUUGUGCAAAGCCUCCAAGAAGAAUGGGGGUAUUGGGGCACUCGACAUUAAAUAUUUUAACCAAGC